AUGCAGCAGCCUAUAACAAGCAUCAAAUCGCCAGGUUACCAGAGACGAAAGUUCGCGCGUGCGAUCCUGGCGCGGCAUUCUUCCAAACCGCUUCCCACAAGCCGUCCAGAUGCCAUCAGGGUCGUCUGUGUCUCCGACACCCACAACAAACAACCAGAGUUACCAACGGGAGACAUACUCAUCCACGCCGGCGACCUGACCGAGAACGGAUCCUUUGACGAGGUCCAAGCCGGCCUUACCUGGCUCUCCUCGCAACCACACCCAUUCAAGUUCCUCAUAGCCGGUAACCAUGACGUCCUGCUCGACGAAGCCUUCCUCCAAAAACACCCAGAGCGUCGUUACGGCUCAUUUAAGACGAAGGAGGACCUAGAUUGGGGAGACCCCUGGACACCACGCUACGGCAUCUCAGCAUUCCAAUACCCACCGUCGACCGGCGAAACCCACUGGCGACACCACCUACAGCUACACCGACACCGACCUCAUAAUGGUAACCCACGGCCGCCCAAGCUUUACCUCGACCGCCGCGACAUCCACCAGGCAGGCUGCCCGCACCUUCUCUCCUGCAUCUCCCACUUCCGCCCCCGCCUGCACGUCUUCGGACACAUCCACGUCGCCCCCGGCCGACAAGACGUUGUCCUUGACCAUGUCCGCCAGGCCCACGACCAAGUGCAGAUCGGCUGGGGCGGAUGGGACACGCUCGUCGUUAUGGCACUUUUGGUGCUGUGGGCCAAGGUGAAGCGGGUGCUUGUAAGGUCUAACUUGAAAGAGAGGACAACGACAUUCGUCAACGCUUCGGCCGUUAGAGGGCGGAAUAAUGACAUGGUCCACGAGCCCAUCGUCGUUGAGAUAUAG